AACACACACACACACAGUGCAUUGUCUGUUGACAGUUGUUGAAGUGUUUCAGCAGUCUGAUAUGAAAGCACAUUGUAGCAUGAAGUAGAGCAGCAUAAAGUUUGAAACUUUAAUCUUUAUGCAAAAAUUUUUGGCAAAAUGGGGUCAAGAUUUUCUUCCUUCUUCCUUCUGCAUUGUUGGUUUCUUCUGAUUUUGAGUUUGGGAGUCUGCUGUGAUGGCGCUGAGGUGGCUGUGAAGUUACUAGAAACUCCUCAUGCUUUCUCCAGCAGGAAUUACUCCACUUUCUCUUUCCAAGUUUUGGUGGGUGGCAAUGCCACCAUUUGCUCUGACUGCUCCACCACUUGCAGGCUGGAUCAUGGCAAGGAUUUACCUUGUGAUGGUGGAAGGAUAUCUUAUUCAAGACUGUUAGAUGGGAACCAUUCAUUCGAGGUGUGCACGGAAGGGUCUCGCGGAGCUGCCUGCGCGAGCUAUGACUGGACCGUUGACACCGUUAAACCCACAGCGCGCAUAACAGGAGAGACAAACUUCACGAGUGCUUCUCGUGUUUCAGUGAACAUAUCUUUCAGUGAGCCCUGUGGUGGUGGUUUCGUGUGCCCUUCUGUAAAUGCCUGCAACCUUCUUGUGUAUGGUGCUGGAGAAGUCUUGCCAAAUACACUCAACGUUAUUGAGCCAAACAUGAAAUACUCUCUUGAUGUCAGCGUGUCUGAGAGAGUUCGAUAUGGACGCCUGAUCUUGGUAAUGGACAAAGAUUUCUGUACAGACUCUGCAGGAAACCAAUUCACAAGAACAGAUAAUUCUAGUUUGGUUAUACAUUUUGAUAAACGAACCGUACUCGUGAACAUGAGAACUCAUAUACCGGAACAGCUACUUCAGAUAAGCACUGAAACUAGAACUGUAUUGGCAACUAAUAAGGACAAGUUCUUAAAGGUUUAUCUGUAUUUCACCGAACCUGUCAUGAAUUCUUCUGCUGAAAUCUUGAACUCCCUCAAUAUAAAUCAAGGAUCGCUCGUUCCCAUAAAUGGGAGUAGCCGUGGACAGCGUAGAUUUGGCUACCAGAUCACUAAUAUGUCGAACUUGGCUGUUGCAACCGUGAGCCUGCAGUCGAACAUGGUGAUUGCCAGACAGGGGACGCCCGUUGCUCCUGUGUCGCCUGUAACGUUCCUCUAUGACUCUCAAAGACCGGCUGUAAGGCUGAGCACGACAUGUAACGUGCGGACGAGAGAGAAGAUUAUACUUAUAAUGAUCAAAUUCAUGAAGCCAGUGUUCGGUUUCAACUCAUCUCAUUUAUCAAUUUCUGGAGGGCAUGUGCAGAGCUUCAUAGAGGUGACUAGGAGAAUCUACACGGCCCAUGUACGAGCAGAUACGGAUGUCAUAUCCGUAUAUAUUCCUGAAAACGUGACAUCCGAUGUUUCAGGGAAUGGAAACGGAGCAUCUAACACCCUGCAAGUCAGGCACUAUUCAGCACCCGUUGAAUCUAUGGUGCUUUCGUACUUUGCCACUGGUGCUUUUGGCGUUACAGCUUUGGUAGCCGGCUUCCUGACUGUUUCAACAGCAAGUUUGCUAUCCGCUGGAGCAUACUCCAAACCGAGCGCUAUCCUGUGCUCGGAUGCUGCCAGAAAUCUUUUUAGAGUCGCGUCGCAUAUUCAAGUUUUCGCAUUGUCUAAAUGGCUAGCAGUCACCUUACCUGUCGAAUACUAUGAACUUACAAGAGGCUUACAGUGGAGCAUUCCCUACUUCAACCUCCCAUGGGAGACGGGCGACCAGCGUUCAGUCAUGGUGGGAUCGACUUCUCCCAAGGACCGGCUGAUCCUUGCUCCCAAAGAACGUGACUCAAUAUUCGUCGAGGGCCUUAAACCAGAAGCUGCAAAUGUGGAUUCACCAAAGGUUUUUGGUUUGCCUCUGAAUCCUAUGGAGUAUGCAUCCUAUUUUGAGAGCCAGUCUACAAUGCCGGUAGCAGAAUACAUCUUGGAUCCAGAGAACUCACACGGAUGGAGAGAUUUCAGCAGAAGCAUGUUCUGGCUAGCUGUAAUCGGAAUCGGUUUGAUACUGCUCCACGCUCUAGUUCUCAUGAUCCUCAAAUUUAAGAAACAAAACAAGGAAAAACAAAGCUACGGUGCACUCAUUUUCCCAAGAUUCGAGAUCUUCCUUCUGAUACUGGCACUGCCUUGCAUCUCCGAAGCAUCAGCUUCUCUAAUCAAAGGAGCAACGCCUACUGGCACGAUUGUGGGUGUUCUCAUACUAAGCCUAGUAGCAUUCGCGCUGCUCUGCCUGCUCGUAUUCCUCACCUUCGGCAUCACACUUGGUAAACUGCUUCAAUACAAGGAGGUUCACCAAGAAGGCCAGACAUUCCACUGGUAUCAAGAGCUCAUUCGAGUCACACUAGGCCCGGGCAAGAGAGGCCAAUGGACAUGGAAGAACGAACGUCGUUCCAUCUACUUAACCAUACUAGGCCCUCUGUUUGAGGACCUAAGAGGCCCUCCUAAGUACAUGCUGUCACAGAUCUCCGGGAGCAGCUUCACCAAGCCGGGAGACAGGAUCAUCGCCUCAGACGACGAAACAGAGGAUGCAGAGGCACCCUUCAUACAGAAACUCUUCGGAAUCCUCAGAAUCUACUACACAUUUCUAGAGUCCGCGAGGCGAGUAACUCUUGGCAUCGUUGCAGGCACCUACUCACAGACGUGGACUUCAAGAACUCCCGCGAUUGCCCUCCUCUCCAUCACCGCGUUCCAGCUCUUCUUCAUGGUGCUCAAGAAGCCAUUCAUCAAGAAGAAACUCCAGCUUGUUGAGAUCAUCUCUGUCUCCAGCGAGCUCGUGAUCUUUGCCUUCUGCCUCACCCUUUCGGACAGACAGUUUUCGCCUCAAAACGACAGGAAACUAGGGAUUGCAAUGGUGGCGGUGUUCUUGCUAGCAUUUGUGGUACAAAUGGUCAAUGCGUGGCACGCAUUGUACAAACAGAUCAAGCAGUUGGAUCCCAUCAAAGACUCAAUUUUUAUUGGCCUAAAAAAUGCAACCAUUGGAUUUGCAUUCUUGAUCUUGCCUCGUUGCUUGAUCAAGAAUCUGCUUGAGGGAUUUCCGAUCAACAACCCCGGGGAGACAGACACAACGAGCAGGAACCGGAGCUCAGAGAGCCGGAGCUCCGGGGAGAAGCCAUGGCUAAGGCAAAUAAGGGAGAUGGCAAGGUCUAGCUUUACAAGAGAAGAAGGCAAGGCCACCACUCCAACUGACCCUUCUUCGAGUAAGGUGAGGUGGAGUGGGUUUUGGAGGAGUAAGAGGAGCGAGAGCUCGUCGGCGUCAGCCUCCGCCUCGACGUCAAUGGACUAUAAAGCGAAGCCGAGGGGAUUGCACAAAGAGUUGGAAGACAUUUUUGCAUCCAAAUGAGAGGUUUUGAAUUUUGAUCAAGCCUUGUUUCACCAUUUUUAGAUGCCUUUCUUUCCUUUUUUGGUUUUUUUAUAUUUUUAUCAUUUUAUGAUCCAUGAUAACUCAACAAAUUGUAAGAACCAAAGCAGGCUUCAUUGGCUCAAUGAAUCUGUAUAUUGUGUGUAUACAUCUUAAAUAUACUCCUACUUAUUUUCAAGAA